AUGGCGGACAUGUCGGAGGCAUCGGAUGACGAAUACUCUUCACCACGUGAAUUCAAUGAUGACAGAGAAAAAAGUUUUCUCCACAGAAAAAUAAAUGAAUUAACAAAACAAGUGGAAUGUUUGAAAGAAAACAAUGAUGAAGCACAUAGAUAUAUAAGUGAAAUUUCUCCCAUGAUUUCUUCUUAUGGAGAACUUGAAAAAGAAUUGAAACGACAACAAAUUCUAAACAAAUACCUUGAAAACAGAUUAGAAGUUGAUGACGAGGCGUAUGUAAAGCUAUGGAAAGAAGUGUCUCCAUCAAAAGAUAAUACGAUAACAACAGACAUGCCACAGGAAGAGGAUGGAAAUAAAGCCAGCUCUACCCUUUUGGACGACGGAACGGCAUCAAAAUCGAAAGGAAAUUUAUCUGAUCAGCACAAUCAUGAUGUUUUUGCUACAGGUACGAAGGAAAUAGAUAUCCAAGCACUAGAUGCAAAUGAGGCGAAGACAUUUCUACGAAUGGAAUUGAAGAUCAACGAUAAAUUAAAGAGAAGACUUGCGACAGUUAGAGAAGAGAAACAAGCUUUGAGUGACAACAUGAGUCGAGAGAUAACAAAACGGGACAACAUAAUAUGUAGAGUAGAACAAAAUCUGAGGUUGGUAACAGAACAAAAAGCCCAGCUCGAACAGAAUUUGGAUAUAGCAAACGCCAGACUGGCUGAAAAAGGAUUGACCACCCCGACUACGUCAGAGAAUGUCCAGCAGGAAGUCAACGCAUUACUGAUAAAACUAGGUAAAACCGAAGAAAACAUGAGGAUGAUGGCAGCACAAAAAGGGCAGCUCGAAAAGGAUUUUGAAAGAGCAAAAUACGAAUGGGAUUCCAUGGAGAAGAAGAUGAACGAAGAUAAAGAGGAGCUCAAAUCGAAAGUCGACAGGAUGACAUUGGCUCUCCAUGAGAAAGUAGAAAGUUUACAACAACAAAUUGACGUUUGCAUAAGAGAUCGAGAACGAAAAAAUGCUGAAUGUAAUCAAAAGCAGAUCGCCCUUGAAGAGCUGAAAAAACAGCUCGAGGAGAAGGAACAAAUCCAAGUAACAAGAGAUGAAGAGAAUCAAGCCAUGGUUUUAAAAAUCGAAAAUUUGCGCAAAGAACAAUACCUCGUCAAAGUCGAAAAUGAUGAUGAGCUUUGUGUCAGCGAGUUGAAAAAUGAGGCGCAUGAAAAAGAGGAAGAAAACAUCCAAGAUACAUCUGAUGAAGAACUUCAAGCAUUGCAACUGGAAAAUAAUGUUUUGAAAUCGGCGCUGCAAACCUUAUUGCAUGAUGAGAAGCAGGAACAGACUGAUAAUCUAAUCGAAACGCACCCAAGCUUGGCUCCAUUGACAGCUCAACCUGCAAAACGAAAGAAAAUAAUAGUUGUAGGAAUACGUAGCGUGCGCAGUGGAAUGGGCAAAACCAUGACUGACAAUGUAAUCCAGGGGCUUCAGCAACUCCUACGGGACAGAAUGAUCCGGGAAAGAAUAGAUAUUUACACCAGACCAUGUCAAACCUUGGAGGAUAUUACGGAUGGUCCUCUCUUCGUUCUUUGUUUGGCAAAAACAAUCAUUGGAACAAAAGUGAAGGCAUUAGAAGGGAUUCCAGUGAACAAAAAUACCGUGUUGAUCAUCAUUCACAUGACUGAUAAUGAGGAAUCCUUGUCGCUGGCGACUAUUGGCGUCCGUUCUUACGCGAGCGAGUUACAUCAGCUUGGAGGGACCAUGGACAUGGUAUUUAACAGCGGAAGUAGAUUUUCCGAUUGUGAUGACAACACUACCGCAGUGGAAAGAAUGGCGAUAUUCUUUAAAAAACUUUGA